CUUGCGACUAGUGGCACUCCUACGGUAGCACCAGCUCCAAUGGACGGACGGACCAUCCAAUCAUGAUGAUCCUAUCCCCUCUCCAUCAUGACGAUUAUCAUCACCCAUUGGUGCAUCGGUGUGAUGCAAUCGGAUGACUUAUUGGGUGCUGCAUGCCAAUCCCGGCAGUUGCAGUUUGGUAUCACUCUGUUCAUCAGUAUCUUUAUCAACGCCCUUCUUCUUCAAAUCCUUGGACUGUCAAUGGAGAGCCGAUGACGAGGCUCACAGCCGG